AUGCUCAGACCACAAGCCAACACUCACCGUGACCUCCUGUCACUAGAUGGGAUGUGGAGCUUCGCCCUCGAACCCGGCGACAUUGAGGAGCAACGAGCGUGGACGAAGCCUCUGCCACCGCAAUUGCAGAUUCCCGUCCCUUCUAGCUACAACGACAUUUUCAUUGACAGCCACGUUCACAAUCAUGUUGGCUGGGUCUAUUAUCAACGCCAGGUUCCGGUACCCCGAGGAUGGAGUAGAAAUAGGAUCUACCUCCGUGUAGAUGCCGCGACACAUCGUGGCCGCAUUUAUGUCGAUGAGCACUUUGUCACAGAGCACAUUGGGGGAUACACGCCGUUCCAGGCGGACAUUACCCACUUGGUCGAAGCCGGAAAGGAGUUUCGACUGACUAUCGCGGUGAACAACGAGCUGUCAAACGAGACAAUUCCCCCCGGCCGGAUUGAAACCCUGCCCAACGGCACUCGGAAACAGCACUACCAGCAUGACUUUUACAACUAUGCCGGUCUUGCUCGCUCAGUGUGGCUUUACUCGGUUCCCGACACAUUUAUACAGGACAUUACCGUGAACACCGAUGUCAACGAGGAUGCUUCGAGCGGCCUCGUCAAGUACUCAGUCGCAGCCAACCGCCCCCUCCCUCCGGGCGCAAUCCAUAUUUCCAUCAUCGACGAGGAAAACAACACCGUUGUCGGAGGGCAAGGAGCGCAGGGCACCCUGUCAAUCAGCUCGCCUCGGCUUUGGCAGCCUGGGUCGGCCUACCUCUACCGGCUUAGGGUGGCAUUGGUGGAUGUUGGCAAGGGCCAGACUCGAGACCUGUACAUGCUGCCAGUUGGAAUCCGCAAAAUCGAAGUACGCGAGGCUGAAUUUCUAAUCAAUCACAAACCAUUUUACUUCAAGGGCUUUGGCAAGCACGAGGAUCUCGCUAUCCGCGGCAAGGGAUUUGAUCCCGUCUCCAUGGUGCAUGACUUCCAGCUUAUGCACUGGAUAGGGGCAAAUUCCUUCCGGACAGCCCACUAUCCGCAUGCCGAAGAGGUCUUGGACUACGCUGAUAGGCACGGGAUAGUGGUGAUCGACGAGACCCCUGCUGUAGGGCUAAAUCUGGCCAUGGUGGCUGGGCUGCAUGGGACAAACGUGCCAAGUACCUUUUCCCCAGACUCUAUCAAUGAAUCUACACGGGAGAUGCAUGCACAUGCAAUUCGUGAGCUCGUCGCACGCGAUAAGAACCAUCCAUGCGUGGUCUUGUGGGCGAUCGCCAACGAACCGGCGUCCUCGGAGCCGGGGGCCAGAGAAUAUUUCGACCCGCUUGUCACUCUAACCCGCCAGCUUGAUCCAUCUCGACCAAUCUGCUACGCCAACUUCAUGUUCUGUACCAAUGCAACGGACAAAAUCGCCGACCUCUUUGACGUUCUCUGCCUGAACCGCUACUAUGGUUGGUACAAAAACACCGGCGACUUACAGGGUGCUGAGGCCGCACUUGAAAAGGACCUGCGGGCGUGGCAGACCGCGUACAGUGACAAGCCAAUUAUUAUAUCGGAAUACGGUGCUGAUACCCAGGCGGGCCUUCACGCGAUCCAAGACGUACCAUGGAGCGAGGAGUACCAAGUCCGAUUCCUGGAGAUGUACCAUGGCGUGUUCGACCGGCUCGAUGCGGUGGUUGGUGAGCAUGUUUGGAGCUUUGCGGAUUUCCAAACCAGUCUUCAGGUCUUUCGGGUUGACGGGAAUAAGAAAGGGGUUUUUACCCGGGACCGGAGGCCGAAAGCUGCUGCUUUUGCCUUGCGGAGGAGGUGGACUGGAAUGGAUAUGUAA